AUUCGGUCACACUGAAGCCGAGCGAAACACAUUUUAGCUGAAUUUUUGUUGUGAUCUGUACAAUUUCUUUGAUUUCUUUGCGAACUAUCGCCUGCUCAACAAAAUGAUUAUUCCAAUCCGUUGUUUUACCUGCGGUAAGGUUAUUGGCAACAAGUGGGAGUCAUAUUUGGGGCUCCUUCAGGCGGAAUACACAGAAGGAGAUGCCCUUGAUGCUUUGGGUCUAAAGAGGUACUGCUGCCGUCGAAUGCUCCUGGGACACGUGGAUCUCAUCGAGAAACUGCUCAAUUAUGCUCCUCUUGAGAAGUAAAUCAGGAUAAUGGGACAUCCACAUUGGACUUGGGAAUAGAAACUCUAGAUUUUAUUGUAAAAUUACAAAUUAAAGCUUGAAAGAUA